AUGAUCAGCAUCAGAGAUACCAUUGCUUCCUUAGACCAAGCGCGUUACGAUGCUUUCAUAGCUCAGCAUCAAGAUGGCAACACCAUGACUUCAUUCAACCUGAUCAAUGGGACCAUCCAAAUCCGCAUCGUUAGAUCCAAGACUCUGGACGUACUUGCAGAAGACCAUUUUGCCGACAGUGGCCUUGCAAAGCAGUGGAUUGCUGAAUAUAACGAUGCUGUCAAGGAGAUCCAGAAAGAAAGAGCGAAUGUUACUGAGAGGGGUAUUUAUGGGACACCGGAACCGGAAGAAAUUGUUGUUUGA